ACAAGCAUCCGGUUAUCGCGAGACUCACACAAACAUAAAAGCGCAAUAUGGCGGCUUCAGACCAAGACACGAGCAAGAAAGAAAAAGAAAAAGAAAAACAAGAUUCGUUUUUCAUGGACCCGAGUCAGUUAAAUGCCAGGAUUAAAGAGGACCAGGACCACGACCACGAGUUUAACGACCAGGAUCGAUACAGGCACGAGGUAAAGGAGGAGAAGUUGGACCCGGACUUCGUAUACCAGCAGCACUGGAGCGCUGGUGUGAAGCAGGAUAAUCAGGACUCCAAUGUCAUGAACUAUGACCAGAACUUUGUAAACCAGAACCACAUCAAGAGCGAGAUUAAAGAGGAAAGCCAUGGUCUGGAUAUCAGCGACCAGAACCAUAUUAAGAGCGACAUUAAAGAAGAAACUCAAGAUCUGGAUAUCAACGACCAGAAUAAUAUUAAUAGUGUCAUUAAAGAAGAAGCUCAACAUCCGGAUAUCAGCGACCAGAACCACAUCAAGGCCGAAUUUAAAGAAGAAACCCAACAUCCGGAUAGCAGCGAGCACAACAUAAAUGAGCAGAACUGGAAACAGGACCAUCGGAACUACGACCCCCCUGGACCCGAAGACAAACAGAAACACAGAGGAAGCUGGAGGCUGUAUCUCUAUCAGCAACAUGACCAAGCCUUCCCCACAUCAUCGGAGUUAAAGAGUCAUCAUUCUUAUGAACAGUGUGGACAAGCAUUUUUUAGCACAUAUGUUUUACUGAGACACCCAUAUGUUCAUGAGAAACCUCACUCAUGUCAACAGUGUGGAAAAGCAUUCACUCAGCUCAGUUCUUUACGGACACACCAACGUAUUCACACUGGAGAGAGACCUUACUCGUGUAAACAGUGUGGAAAAGCAUUCUCUGAGCUCAGUACUUUACGGACACACCAACGUGUUCACACUGGAGAGAAACCUUACUUAUGUGAACAGUGUGGAAAAGUGUUCUCUCAGAGGAGUGGCUUGCGGACACAUCACCGUGUUCACAGUGGAGAGAAACCUCACCGGUGUGAACAGUGUGGAAGAGCGUUCUCUCGGGUCAGCCACUUGCUGACACAUCAACUCGUUCACACUGGAGAAAAACCUCACUCCUGUGAAAAGUGUGGAAAAGGUUUCUCUCAGCGCAGUUCUUUACAGACACACAAACGCAUUCACACUGGAGAGAAACCUUAUUUGUGUGAGCUGUGUGGGAAAGCAUUUACACACAGAACAUGUUUACUGAAGCACACAUUUGUUCACACCGAAGACAAGUGAUUUUGAUAUGGACUUUGGAAAAGCUGUCAAUGAAAUCAAGGAAACAAAAAAUAUGAAGAUGAUGACGUCGUUAGUAUUAUAUUAUUAUAUUAGAAAAUCUUUCUUGGGGAAAUUGGGAAAUUGCCAUUUUGCAAUAGCAAAAAAGAAUAGAGUACAUACUAUAGGACAGAAAAAAGGCAAAAAAGAUCUGAAUAAUCUUUACAUGUUAUCAUGGAUUAACAUAUACUGUAUACAAUGUAUUAUAGUACACAUAUAUAGUGUAUAACAUAAUAGUGACAUACAGAGUGUAGUACACUAUAUUUUAGUGUUUUACACUAAAACCAUACAGAUUUUUACACACCAUUAUAAUAAGGUUUUAUCUUAUUAUAGAAUGUUCUUGAUCAUUUUAAUUUUUCUAUUUUCUAUUUUUCUAAUAAUUGUGUGAUGAUGUUUUAAUAAUAAUCAUAAUAAACCUAUAUUAAUCAUAUCUCACAUUGUUACAAUAUCACAGUGAAUCAUCUAUGCAUCUACUCCACCCAUGUCACCCUGUUGACUUGCAGCAACACCACAGGCAAGGCCAAACAUCUAUUAAUUCAAUGAGAAUUUUGGUGUCCACUCUAGCUCUAAAAAGUGAGCCUUCCUGACUUCCACCAGUUUUUGUUUUUUGUUAUUUUAAACAUUACUUUAAGGAUGGGGAAGAGAAUCCAGUAUAAAAAUAUGCCGUGAUUUGCCUUUUACUUAGAGGUUAACAACCACUACUCUCUUUUUCUUGCCCAAACUCAUCACUGGUAUUAACAUUCCAGUAACAACAAAUCUGUUGGUUUAUUGCUCGUUAUCUAUUAUCUAUAUGUUUAUUGUGUUUUGUAUCUGCAUAUAUUCAUAUUUUCUUAUGUCCUGUAGUAGUAGAAUAAUAAAACGUUAAAACGCUCUGGUUCUGUGUUCACCAUUCUUCAAGAAAUGCCAGAGGUCCCUUAAGCCAUAAAAUAAUUUGUGACAUAAGAUUAAUUUGGUGUUUGCAAUAUAAAUUCCUGUUGUUGGAAUAAAUUGGAAUCUGGUGUUUCAUUAGUGUAAUAAUCUGAUUCUUCAGUUAUCAGAAUAUUGUUUUCUUUUAUAUACAAGGGUGUAAUUUUUUUCAUGAUGUUGCAUUCAUUGUGUGUAACCAUAAUAAUUGGUUUCAAGGCUUUGUUAUAAAAGUAAAAAAAAUGCAUUGGCAGUGUUAAAAGUUUUUUCUAUGUGGAGGAGUUUAUUGUUUGCUUACAAAAAGAACCCCACAUAUAUCAAAUUUCCUAUUAUUUCAUGAUGUUUUGAAUAUACUACAGGAAAGAAAACAGCCGGAAAAAAGGGAACAAGGGAGGAGAAGAAGAAAAUUAAUUAAUUAAUUAAUUAAUUUCGGUAAGCCUGGAAAAUUGUUGGCUUCUCCAGUAGGUCGCAGGAGAGCUGCUGAAUAACCCACACUUCGAGGUAGGGAGUUGAACUUGAGUUUUCCAGGACAAAGCUGGAGGACUGUGUUGGGGAUAUGCAAGGAGCACGAAUUAUAAUAGGUGGAAUUAUAGCUCCUGAGUGGAGAUACAGUACCAAUUAUGUUUAUAAUUUACAUUUACAAUCUUGGUUGGUAACACCCAUCACGUUGUGUGGUCCAAUCAGAAUAGUUGACAUCCAAGUUCCUCCUCUGUUGGUUGCUUGUGACAGAAGGGAGUUUAAAAGUCUCAGUGGGGAAGCCAGGUAUGGUUCCCCUGCCCAGCGCCUGGUUUUGGCGCUCAAGUUUGAAUCUCUUUGUCUCAACUCACUACAACCAGGUUGAAGGCUUUACAUUCAGGCCACAGUAGUUGCUUGGUUUGAGAAUAUGGGACAUUAACAAUGAUUCUGUUAAUAACAGUUUAUGCACAUGAGGUCCCCCAACAAGUGGCUUUAAUGCUAGUGCUAGUGCUAGCAUCCCCGUAUCUAAAUGCCCCGCUGUGAGCGGCAAGGAAGCAGAUGGUAAUGUUGUCGGACAUGCUGCCAAGACGAGAUGCUGCCUAUGCUUAGGUGAUAUAUUACAGCUGGGCCUCCCUGCACAUUGUGUGAGCCUCUCUUCUCCUUCCUGAAGUCCACAAUGAGCUCCUUGGUCAUGUUGGUGUUCAGAAGCAGAUUAUUGUCCUUACACCAAGUGGCCAGAUGCUGAACCUUCUCCCUGUAGACCGUCUCAUCAUUGUUGCUUAUGAGACCAAUCACUGUAGUAUCGCCUGCUAACUUAAUAAUGGUGUUGGAUGCGUGCAUGGGCCUGCAGACGUGGCUGAGGAUGGAAUAGAGGAAAGGGCUCAGCACUCAGCCCUGUGAAACGCUGGUGUUGAGUUUUUCUUUAUAAUAGUUCCCAGUUUACUUGUUUUUGGGGGUCCUCAAUCCUGGUGACAUACCUGUCACACGUAGGGUGGCAGUGUUCGAAGCUGGUUGCUGUUAAAGGUAAGACGUGCCCUGCUACUCCGGCCCUUCGUAAGCUAGUGGGCGUAGAAGCUAUGCACACCGUUUUAAAUUAUAAAAUAAAUGUUUUGUGGUAUAACUAUGUUGCUGCCAGCUUGUCUGUACUGUCUGGAUUUUGUGUUAUUCUAAUUUUGUUAAUUAUUUUGUGAAAGUUGUAAACAUGAGCAUGGAGAGUUUUUGUAAUAUGGAUCCUCCCGUUGCAAUAAACAACCUGUGAAAGUUAAA